CUCAAAUUGAGAGUGAGGGGUAACUCAAGUGGUUCGAGCUUCUCUCCCGGUUUCAGGAAAUCCUAAGAUCGAUUUUCAACCCGUCUUUACGACGCUCUAAACAACAACAACAACAAAAAAUAAAUUUCUUUUUUUUUUUUUUAAAAAAAAAAAAAAAAAAAAAAAAACACUUUAACUCCCAAAUUGCCUUUCUACAAUCUCAAUAUUUCUUGCAAAUUAAUUAAUCACCCUACAAGAAAGUAUAGCCUAUAAUGUUGGCAAAAUCAUUCCUUUCUCUAACGCUAACUCUUCUCUUCCUUCAUCUCUCUCCAUUUCCUCCAUUGUUAUUCAGAAGCCGCCAUUUUUGUGCUCUUUGCUUCUUCUUACUCCUUUUCUUCGAGAUCUACUAUUUCUCUCUCCUCCAUUUUAGUUGGUGUAAAUUGUUGCUAAAGAAGAGAAAAAUGGUUCUAAUAUACUAUCUGAUUGUUGCAUUGCCGUGCACAAUCGGAGCGAUUGCUCUCGCGAUCUUUCACAUAUACCGGCAUCUUACAAAUUACACUGAACCUACCUUUCAAAGAUAUAUAGUUCGUAUCAUCUUCAUGGUUCCGGUUUACGCAUUAAUGUCUUUCUUGGCCUUGAUCAUGCGUGAUAGAGCCAUAUAUUUUAAUUCUCUAAGAGAAAUAUAUGAAGCAUGGGUUAUAUACAAUUUCUUAUCCCUCUGCUUGGCGUGGGUUGGUGGACCUGGGGCCGUUGUGCUAAGUUUGAGUGGACGAGUUUUAAAGCCCUCAAUGUGUUUGAUGACGUGUUGCUUUCCACCGAUACCGUUGGAUGGGCGUUUCAUACGAAGGUGUAAGCAAGGGUGCCUGCAGUUUGUUAUUUUGAAACCAAUUUUGGUUGCUGUCACAUUUAUUCUUUAUUCAAAGGGAAAAUAUGCAGAUGGAGAUUUCAGUGCAAAUCAAUCUUACCUCUAUUUCACCAUUAUUUAUACUAUCUCGUAUUCUGUUGCUCUCUAUGCUCUGGUCUUGUUUUACGUGGCAUGCCGAGAUCUGCUCCAGCCUUUCAAUCCUGUUCCCAAAUUUGUUUUGAUAAAGUCUGUUGUUUUCUUAACAUAUUGGCAGGGUGUCUUGGUUUUUCUUGCUGCCAAGUCUAAAUUCAUAAAAAAUGCUGAGGAUGCUGCUGACGUCCAAAAUUUCAUUAUUUGUGUUGAGAUGCUCAUGGCUGCCAUAGGUCACUUUUAUGCAUUCCCUUACAAGGAGUAUGCUGGUGCAAAUAUAGGCGUCUCUCCUGGUCUCACAGGAAGCCUUGCACAUGCGGUGAAAUUGAAUGACUUUUAUCAUGAUACAGUUCAUCAGUUUGCCCCAACUUAUCAUGAGUAUGUGCUUUAUAACCAUGGUGAGGGUGAAGAAGGGCCAAGGAAGUAUAGAUCACGUACUUUUGUACCUACCGGACAGGAGAUGGAUGCUGUCAGAAGAAAUAAACACAUGUUUGGGAACAAGCUGGAUGAUAUUCAACUUUCUAGUCAGUCAUCCUCUGGUGUGAGCAGUCCUGAGAAUCCUGUGAUUGGCCACAAUUCAAACCCAGAGAAGAUGAACACUUCUCUUCUUGUCGAUACUUCAAAUUCUGUAGCAGUUCCGUAUGAUAUGACUCUUAUCGAUCUAGACCUUUCCAGUUACCCUUCAAAUGUUCCUUCAGUUGAUGAGACGACGAAAAGGUGACAUGUCUGAAGCUGCCUGCAGGUAGGUAGCCAGAAUGUCUUGUUGUAAACACCUUCGUUUUGAGACAAAAACCAUCAAUGACAGAAAUGGUGUGAAUAUUUACAUGAAAGCUUGCAUGGUAUUUGUCACAAAGGAUUGUUUCACUGCAUGUACCUUCUGCUACUGUGUUUUAUGGUCUUUGAGCUUUGUUUGUCCACGCUUUUCUUCAACGAGGCUCCUGUGGUAUUUUUCAGAUCAGUGUGUUAGAUGUAGAUCUCUUGCACCGCGCUAGGUCUUCAUGGUUUAUCGCCAUUUGUCUUUGCCCAUACGACUUUCUGAAUUGACAUUGUGAAGUGUAAAUGAUAGGUAGACUUGUAUUAAAAUCCCUUUUAGAUCUCAAAGUUUUUUGUACUCCUGAUAUUGUUGAUUUUUAAGGAUUGAUCUUAGAUAUUAAUACACAAAUUACGUUAUGUAA